AUGGCCAGCACAGAGAUGGAGGUAGAUGCAGCUGGCUCUGCUCCUGCACAGGACGAAUCCCUUAUGCAAACACACGGAAAAGCGACCGCGGUGCGAUCAAUCGAGGGGUGGAUAAUCAUCGUCACCAACGUCCACGAGGAGGCAGAUGAAGAAACGAUCCAGGAUACAUUUGGCGAAUUCGGCGAGAUUAAGAAUCUUCACUUAAACUUGGAUCGCCGAAGCGGUUACGUCAAAGGCUAUGCUUUGAUCGAACAAUACAAGUGGAUUUUGCCUUUGUGCGACCGCCGCCUGGCAAGGGAGGACGAGGUGGAAGAGGCGCUGGCCGCCGAUCUGGACGCAGCCGCAGUCGAAGCCGAAGCCCCGACGUCAAGGACGCAGAUGAAAUUUCUACAAAAUGCCGAUAUGCAGGCACUUCGAGCCAAGUACCGAGAAGCAUAUCGGCGCGCAUAUCGCGAUUCAAUAGAAACCGAGACCAAUCAAAUCGCGUCUGCUCACGAAUAG